GAGUCAGUCCAGCGGUUAAAACACGGUCACUCUCUUGGCUUUCGUGUGGGAUGUUCAGUCAGCAUGUUGUUGCGCACCGGCUAAACGCUGCGCUGGUACUCGUGCGGACAACUCAGUUCCGCUCCGCUCCGUCCCGGGAUGAGACUUCGCCAUCAGCCGUGAAUCGAGGACCAUAGUGGAAGCACGCGGGGAUACGUUUGCACACCUGCGGCCGGAUGGAAAUAGAUGGAGGGACUUGCGCCGCAGCCGCCGUCGCCGCACUCGAUCGAUUACUCCACCUCCGCUCGUGGUCCACGGGGGAACGCGCGUGUAAGCUGAUUUAACCCUGGUGAUGUGAAUACCUCUCCGGGAUUAGAAGGUUAUUGGGUGAACGACAAUGCCCCGCGAAUCGGUCCGGCACUCCCGGCUAUUGUUCGUUCGGCUGUGGACGCAUGGUGCCCGGUCUCCCCGGGUUCAUCUCCAGUAGCUGUACAUCCUCCUGUGCCCCCCUCGCUGCUUCGCUCCGGUCGUCCCCCCCCGGUGUGGAUAGGAUAAUAUGACUUCCUGGUUCCGUACAUACGGCAGCGUCCCUCUGUGUCUCCUGCUGUGCUGCGUGGUUGUUGCUGUCAACUCAGAAUCCUCCAGCGCCGGUGACAGUGUGUGUUGGUCUCCUAGUGUCACUUCUUGUGCAGAGUGCAUCAGACGUGGACCACAGUGUGCCUGGUGCUUCCAGGAGGACUUUCUGGAUGGGGCGGUGACGAGCCAGCGCUGCGACCUGCCAGUGAAGCUGUUUAGAAGAGGCUGUGAAUGGGAGUUCAUGGAGCAGUCAGAGAUCACGGUGGAGGUCGACGCCACUGUCAGCAGCACACAAGUGUCCCCACAAGACAUCAGCAUCACCCUCAGACCAGGUUCAGAGACCAGCGUCGUAGUGGCUGUGAAGCAGCUGGAGCGUUAUCCAGUAGAUCUGUACUACCUGGUUGAUGUAUCAGCAUCUAUGCAGGAAAACCUUGAUCAUUUGAAGACAGUGGGUGUGGCGCUGUCUCUUCGUAUGACGGAGCACUCCUCGGACCUCUGGCUGGGUUUCGGCUCGUUUGUGGACAAACCUGUUUCCCCUUACAUCAAUGUCCACCCCUCCAAGAUCAACAACCCCUGCAGUGAUUAUGAGAUCCGCUGUCGUCCAGCCCACGGCUUCCACCACGUCCUGAGUAUGACCGGUAAUAUGAGCGAGUUCACGCGUGUCAUCAAGCGCCAGCGCAUCUCCGGAAACAUGGACACACCUGAGGGAGGACUGGAUGCUAUGCUGCAAGCUGCUGUCUGCCAGAGAUCUGUGGGUUGGCGACCGGAGGCCAAGCGCCUGCUGCUCCUGAUGACCGACCAGCCGUCUCACCUCGCCCUGGACAGUCGGCUGGCAGGGAUUGUGACGCCACAUGACGGCCUGUGUCACCUGGAAAACAAUGUCUACACAGGAAGCACUAGGAUGGACCAUCCCAGUGUGGGUCAGUUGUCUGAUAAGCUGCUUGAAAACCAUAUAUACUCCAUCUUCGCUGUGGAGAAGCAGCAGUACCAGUGGUACAAGGAGUUGGUACGUUUCCUACCUGGCUCCUACCUGGGAAAGUUAGGCCUCUUCCAGGCCCCAAACCUUAUAGAGCUGGUUGUGGACGCAUACAAGAGGUUGUUGUCAGAGGUGUCCGUAUCAGUGUCAGUGGAGGACAAGGCAGUCAGCAGGUACUGGGUGUCUGUGUCUCCUCUCUGUCCCAAUGGAUCCACGGCAAAGGACCAGAGUUGCUCGGGGGUGCAGCCUGGACAGAUGGUUUACUUCAAUAUCACUAUCAGAAUGCACUCUUGUCCUGAGGAUGCUGAAGAUGAAGAUGUAACAGUAUUGGUUCGACCUGUGGGAUAUAACGAAUCCACUGUCAUUAGGAUCCACUCAAAAUGCGGCUGCAGUUGUGGACCAACGAGGCGCUGCAAUGACGCCAGCCAAUGCAGAGGAAGCUCCUAUCAGGAGCAGAGGCCGGAUCACAGACUAAUUAUGGACUCAAACUGGAAUUGCAAAGCGGAUGGGUCUGAUGUGGACUGCAGUGGUCGGGGAGUGUGUGGUUGUGGGAGGUGUCUGUGUGAGCAGACCAGGCUUGGCACAGUAUAUGGGAAAUACUGCGAGAUAGAUGACUUCUCCUGCUCGUACGAAGGGGGACUGCUAUGUGGAGGGCGUGGUGUGUGUGUGUCAGGUGAGUGUGUGUGUGAGGACGACUGGACUGGUGAUAGCUGUGGUUGUCCUGUCUCCAAGGCAACCUGCCAAUCAGCCAACGGCUUGCUGUGCAGCGGGCGGGGCAGAUGUGUGUGUGGCAUGUGUGUGUGUGACGACCCCUGGCCCUCCGGAGACUUCUGUGAGAGAUGUCCUGCUUGCCAAAGCACCUGCCAAUCAUACUGGAAGUGUGUGGACUGCCACUUGUCUCACGGCCUCACACAAAAAGAGGCUGGACAUUGCAACAACACAUGUGCACCCCAGGUGGGCUACAUGGAUGUUGUGUCAGGCCAAGCAGGGGAGAUGUGGAUUCAGUGUAUGUACAUCAGUAAUGACAGCUGUCGCUAUCGGUUUCAAACAAGCUCACAGUCUGGUCAGACUCAGCUUCACAUUAGCACAAGACCAGAGUGUGCCAGCAACAGCCGGCUGGUAGGGACAUUCCUGAGUGUGUGUGCUCUGACAGUGCUGUGCGGGCUGGUGGUGGUGGCCGUGUCCCGGCUGCUGCUCCAGAAGAGAGGCUUGUCACCAGGGGGCGCUACUCAGGACAGACCGUAUCACUGCACUGGAAAGGACCUGUCAUUCAUCCCAACCACCAAUGAGAAGACGGUUACCUACAGGAGGGACCGUCCACCUGACCGCCCUAUGGAGAUGCACAUCCAGGUUCCCAAGAUGCCCCUCGGUGACCCCUGGCAGUGCUAGGUCAAGGUCGGAAGAAAGUCAGUAGAGACAUAAAGAAGAAGAGUCAAGUAAAGACUUCUUUUCUGUCUCUAAAUCUUCAACCAGCUGCACAUGGAGACUGAUAAUGAUGAACUAAACUAUGAAAUUCCAUGGGAUCACAUUUGUUAAAUGAACUGACCAAACUCCCAUCGAAUGUGUGACUAAUGAGGCCAGUAUCCUGGGAAAGCGAGAUGAAACAAAGAGCACAUGUCCCCCACCCCCUCUUCCUCUGCAGCAGCAGGGAGGCUGCUUCUUCCACAGGGUGAUCAUUCCUCGCUUGUUAGCCAAGCAGCAUAUACUGCUCUAAGUGUGUGUGUGUGUGUGUGUGUGUGUGUGUGUGUGUGUGUGUGUGUGUGUGUGUGUGUGUGUGUGUGUGUGUGUGUGUGUGUGUGCGUGUGUGUGUGUGUGUGUGUGUGUGUAAGAGAGAGAGAGAGUGUGUUUGGCAGGUAGGUGCAUUUAUGCUCUACACAGGCUUUCUAUUUAUGAUUUUAUAUGUUUCUGCGAUUAUGUGACACUACAAAUCUCCAAGUGAACUAUCUCCCCGCUGUCUUAGUCUGCCCUCCUGUGGCCAGCUUGAGGUACAACAUCGUGUCUCCAAUAAUACUGUCAACACAUUACUGACCUCAGCUGUACUGCCUCAGGAUUUAAGUCACAAAGCACACCAAUGACGCUGUAUGCCUCUUUUUAUAUUUCAUCUGUGGCAUACCUUGUAUUUGCUUUUUGUUAACCGAUCAACUGCAUUGCAAAUUAUUGUUACUUUAUGGCAUUUCUCUAUUAUGAUACAUUAGGAUAUAGUUUCAUGUGUUAUUGAUAAUCUGGUUAGACUUGCACUAGAACAGUCGUUUGCAUUAUACUACUGAAAACUGUGGGGUCUGCUGUGAUGGUGGGUUUAAAUGAUUGGUUUGUUAUAUAUUGGGCAUUAGAAGGCGACUACACAUUAAGUUUAUUUAAAGCUAUGUAACAAAUCCACAACACUGGAAUAACAAUGAACUGAAAAAUCCAAUUUAAAAAAAAUGCAACAUACUGACAAUUAAUGGCAACAGCGUCAUCAAACUCUUGUGCAUGUGGCCUCUCUAACAGAGACAUACCUGUGACUGCUGAUCAACCCAGUGCCAUUACUGAAGAGUUUAGACUCAACAAAUCAGCUCUGGAGGUACUGAGAUCAGAGGUGGAAUUAUAGCCCUCAUGCUAUAAUUGAGUGCUGGUUGCAUCUUGUAAGACUUUCGCUUGCCCAAUCCUGUUUACAGCAAACGCUGCUCUCUUUUACUGUAAGUCAGGAACGCUAAUUAUUAUUUAUUGUGAUUUAUCAGUUUUUUUUAUUUGUAAUGUUGUGCUAUUUUAUGAUAAGGCUACCUGUUUUACAGGAAGUGAGUACUGUUUGUGUUUAUGAAGAGUGGUCUCUAUCUCUAAACAUGAGACUAAUUCAGCAAUAAGGUUAUAAUCAUCUCAUCUAACCGGACACUGAGUUCGGAAUAACAACAGCACUUUUCUGUGUAGUUUUGCUGUCAAUUAAUGUGACUAGUUGUUUGGCAUUAAUGUUUUCAUCACAAUAAAAUGUGCAAGAUUUUUUAAAUCA